CCUGCCUGGGGGUGGCCUCCGCGCACAGGCUCCUCUCCAGACACACGGUUCUCCUGGUGCACAAUGACAUCUCGCUGCCUCUGUCUUGGCCUGACACCGCUGGUUCUGCUCUGCUGCCUGCCCCUGGCGCGCCCGGAGCCAUGCGGCCUGAGCAUCGUGCCCAAGGACCCGGCGGUGGUGUUUGGGGGUGACGUGGUUCUGAACUGCACCAGCACAUGCUCCAAUCACACCAGCCUGGGCUGGGAGACGUCGGUGACGAAGGUGACGAAUAACGGAAUCGGCUGGAUGUCUCUGAACAUCUCCAACCUCACGGUGUGGGACCUGGAGCCCCUGUGCUACGUCCGCUCCACGCACAUCACCGAAAAAGCCCGGCUCCACGUGUACCGAUUCUCACUCCCCGAGAUCCACCUGGGAGCCAAGAUGGUGGCCGGUCAGCAGGGGCGAAUCACCUGCAACGUCUCCAGCCUUGUGUCCGGCUCCAGCCCCUCCGACAUCAACGUCACCCUGAGCAGCAGGGGCAGCACCCUCAACGAAAGCCGUGGCAGCCCGGCCGUGGGGUACAGCUUCAUGGUACAGCCCACGCAGCAUGGGCAGGAGAUCAUGUGCCGGGCCUGGCUCCGCGUGGGCCACCAGGUGCUGAGUGACAGCGCCAGGGCCACCCUGCACGUCUGGGCCCCGCCCCACAACGUGAAGGUCUCUGUGGAGCGGCUGCAGUUCGGGGUCGGCGCUAACUUCACGGUGUGGUGCAGCGCCGAGGGGAACCCCCCGCCCGAGGUGCACUGGGAGCUGCCCUCCAACGCCAGCGUGGAGCUGUCUGACCGCGGCUGGACGGUGACCGUGCGCUCGGCCCAGCGCGCCCACAACGGGACCUACCGGUGCCUGCCACAGAACGGAUACGGGAACAGCUCGGGGCACGUCGAUGUCCUCGUCGAAGUCUCCACGGUUCCCCCAAGGUCCUGGAUCGUGGUUGUCGCAAUGGUGCUGGGGGCGACUGUGGUUCUCGGCGGCGUAGGCGUGUGGUGGCGUGUGAGGAAGGGGAGAACUGGGCAGUGAUGGGCCUGAAUCUUUGGGUGAGGACAAGGAGGAGCCCAGAGGUGCCUGAGCCCGAAGCCCUCACCCCAGGGGACUGGUGCCGGGGGGGGGGGGUCACGGCCCUUUCCCUGAUGUGCCCUGGCUGGUGGGCUGGGACCGAGCAGAGGAGCCGAGCCGGGCCGCAGCUCUCCAGGGUGUCUAGCCUGGUGCUUGUGCGCCUGUGUGUGUGCCUGUGUGUGCCUGUGUGUGUGUGUGUGUG